AAUGGCUUCAGUUUAAUCCUAUGUUGACUGGCAAUCGACAAAGAACACCGUCUUAGAAAGAAACAGUCAUAUGUUCAACAAUUCAGACAUGAGUGAUAUCAGUUUUACUUGCGAAGAUUCACACCAGACAUUUUACGCCCACAAGUACGUUCUUGCCACAAGUAGUGCUGUAUUUAAAGCGAUGUUUUAUGGUGAUUUAGCAGAGAAGAAUUCAGUUCUUCAUCUCAGCGAUACAGAUGAGAAAGGUCUGGAGGAAUUUUUGAGGUUUCUCUACACAGAUGAAUGUAAUUUGACAACAGACAAUGUUGUAUCGGUCAUCAAUCUUUCCAAGAAAUACAUCGUGCCUUCACUAACGGAGAAGUGUGUGAAGGCUGUGGAAAGAAUGCUAAAGGCCGAGAAUGUGAUGAGCUUUUUAGAACAAGCAACGCAUUUUGAUGAGAGAAAAUUACAGACGAGUUGUUUGAAAUUUAUAAAAUCAAACACGAAGCAAGUAGUUGCGUCAGAACAUUUCAAUAACAUCAGCCAAAAGACACUGGCGAGUUUACUAAAGCUUGACUGCCUGGAUAUUUCUGAAGUUGAACUGUUUCAGGCUGUAUUGAAAUGGAGCGACUUUCAGUGUUCGAAGAAAGAUAUGGAUGCAACAAGGGAGAACAGAAGGUCUUUAAUUGGUGAUGCUAUUUAUGACUUGAGAUUUCUCGCUAUGAAUGAAAAAGAGUUUGCUAAGAAUGUUGCAACAUCCGAACUACUCACGUCUGAAGAAAUAGUUCCCAUUUAUAAUAAAUUUAAUGGAAUUGAAUCACCUGACCUAAAGUGGAAAAUAUCAGAGAAACGGGGUUAUAACACACCGAAACCAAGAGCUUUCCCGGAACGUUCUGCCGCUCAGUUGGCGAAUAUGCCAUAUGUGACCUAUAAUUCCAGAUGA